CCGAGCUCCAAACAAUGCCGGCUGUGCGUAUACUCGUCAUCGUGCUUGGUCUUUGCUCGGGUUUCGUAAGCGGACUCGAUUAUGUCAUUCUGGGACUGGGUGGCGUUGAACCUGGCAGACCAUUUCCCGUCUCAAUUUUGGUUUUCCAUGCUACGUCGGAUGUGAAGAUUGACAUGGCUCUAGUCGGACAGCGGCACGCCGGCCAAUUGGUGUUCUCCUCUUCCGCCCUAAUACAGGACGAACGUUUGACCACGCUAGAGAUCAGUGUGGGUGAUCUCUCCGCUAUGACAGCCGAUAAUAUGACGCUAUACAUUAACGGAGCUGACUCGUCGGCAGCCUUUUCCGCCGCAUAUCCAAAUAUUUACUGGAACGCUGCAGUGCGCAAACCUGUAGAAGACCGGGACGCAUUGUUCCCGAAAAUUCUCAUACAAACGGACCAGCCGCAGUGCCAAGCAGGAGAUACAGUGCGCUUUCGCGUUGUGUCCGCCAGAAGCGUGGACGAUCGGCAACAGCCUAUGUUUGUGCGGCUUAACGUCCAGAUUGUGGAUCCGCUUGAUAACGUGGUUAAAGAGUUCAACAACGACAACGGCUCCGAAGCUACUGGUUAUUUUGCCGGCGAGAUGUCAUUAUCCGCGGAUCCCCUGUUGGGCGAGUGGAGAGUUCGCGUGGUGAACGCUUCCGUUGGUGAAUGUCCAGCUCCGGAACCGACAACACCGGCACCAUCUGAUUGUAUGAACAUCUUCGGAUGCUUCAUUCCUUAUAACAAGAAUCCCAUUCUGGCCAUCAAACCAUUCUUCGUUUACGAAUUCAUUUCCUCGCGAUUUGAAGUUACAAUUACCGACGCCAAAACCAACAUCGUUCCGUCGGUGGAUAAGGAAAUUCGUUUCAAAGUAUCGGCAAAGUACUCAUCUGGCAAGCCUGUCAAAGGAAUUUUUGAUGUUGCGAUUGUCGUUUGGCAUCGCAACUACAGUCAUACCACAUCAGAAUUCGACGUUCAAUACGUUAUAUGGCUGAAAGGAUUCAUUCCAGUUGGUCGGACGCCAAUUCAGAUUUUGCUGUAACCUUAACGCGCACGUCACCAACAUUUUCCGGCAUUAUGUUAAAGAUAGCGACUGCUGGUACUUCUGGCUGAGAAGCGACAUGUUGCAUGAAGGACGCUGUGGUGUUGUCCGGAUAGUGCAUCUCCAGCAUAACAGUGACAUUUUGGUUUUUUGCCAUGAAGUUAUACAUGACCACCUCGAUAGUAUGGUUCUGCCGGCGUACGAUGGUGGACGGUAGGUAACAUCGCGGACGAUCACAAUGACUUGUGACGUAUUUCUGGAACCGCCAUCGUCGUUAUUUCGUUUCUGCAGUACAACAGUACUCAGCCGCCGGCAGCAUUGAACUGGAUAAGACCUUGCAAAAGGCAGUCAAGUACCUGGAACUGCAACUGGAAUUUAUUAAAAACGAUUCGUACACGUUGGCUGUUACCAGCGAUGCCCUGACUCAAGCCAACAGUCCAAAAAGGGCCGAUGCACUGAGCCUGUUAAAACAGCGGAUGGUGCAUAAUGAGUCUAGUAAUCACUGGACUACCAACGGAGCUAACAAUGAUGUCGAUAAAGACGCAGCGAAUUCAUAUUCUACCAGUUCGAAAGAUGUCGAAGCUACAGCUUAUGCUCUCCUUACAUUUCUAGCCAAUAAGGAACUGGACGCGUCAUUGAAAAUUGCAGCCUGGCUCGCGCCGAAGCAGAACGCCGAAGGUGGAUUCUUUUUCGUCACGGAUACUCCCCUCGCACUGGAAGCACUCUCCAAAUUUGCACAGGUUCUGCAUGGUUUGCCGUCAUUAGAAAUCGAAGUGAUAAAUGGCAUUCAAAAAAGCGAUUUUAGUAUCACAGCAGAGACAGCUUUGCUGGUGCAGAGCAUGAAAUUUGCGGAAAAGCCACAAGAAAUUGCUAUAAAUGUCAAAGGAAGCGGGUUGGCCGUGGCAGAUGGACGUUUAAUACGCUGCAGCCCAAAGAGUAUGGAACCUUUGUCAUCAACGCCACUCUAAUUCCAUCUUCUUCCAAGAAAUCGCGUCUGGAUCUGUGCAUUAAAUAGGAGAAAUAUGGCGCGAGUACGACGGUUGUCGAGGUCAAUGCACUCUCUGGAUACGAAUUUAACGGGGAAGCAAUAUCCAUCUUCGUCGAACUGUGGAAGAAUUGCGGAAAACCCAACUGGAAAAAACGAACACCGUACUGAAUCUGUAUUCCAGGAGACAACUUCGAAGACAAAGUGCUUCAUUCUCAGCAUGUACCGCGUUUACCGAGUGGAGCAUUUGAGAAUGCAGAGCAUUGUCGUUUACGAUUACUACAGUUCUCAAGAACGCCGCACAGUGUUGUAUGAACCACGACAAUCUCGCGAGUCUGCUUAUGCGGCACCCUUCACAACGAGCGAAUAACUCACAAAGCUUUUCUCGUUACGAUACCGCCACAAAGAUGUUAGUUGAAGUGUUCCGAAUGCU